AUGAAGCAUUUACCUACGGUAUGAUGCAAGCGGCUGGGGCGAACCCCUCCCUCGGACCUCCUCCAAAAUUUUAAGUCGUGACUCAUGAGGCAGAACUUCGCAGAAGGUCAGCGGAGUUGGAAGAGGAAGCGCAACAGCUCUAUGGUGCAAUCCAUAAAAGUUGUGCAACAGCAAAUAGCCCGCCAAGGAGGUCUUGACGAUGUUGCCUAGCAUAGGGUUGACAGGUGCUAUGCAUUGAGUUGCUCAGAGCUUAAUUGCUCAGAUAUUGAGUGGGGUGGUGAUCGCCUCCAGCUGAAACGCUGGUGGUUGUGGGCCUGGGGACUUGGUGGCGGGGCCUAGGAGCAUUGAGUUGAGAUGAAAGGCAGCGUGCUCUCGGCAGCCGGGCAAAGCAUGCUCAGCGAUGAGGAAUUUGCAGAUUCCCUCCUUCUUAUCACUCAGCGGCCCCUUUGCAAGGGCGACGACCUCUCCAAGCAGCGGUGCGGUGUGUGCGGGACAACCAACACGCCCUGCUGGCGUAAGGGGCCCGCCGGCCCAAAAACGCUGUGCAAUCGCUGCGGGGUACAUUGGUACCAGAACAAGGACCGCUGGGAUCUGAUUGUGGAGGAGCUGCGAGCAACUAGAAUGGACGACACCGUCGAGCAGGCGAGCGCGCCGACGCGGACGGUCAUCAAGAAGAAGGUCGACCCCCGCAGCGCGGAGGCCCACCCCGCCGUCCCCGACUCCCAGCGCUGCGUCAAGUCCAACGGGCGCGGCUGGCGCUGCAGUCAGCGCAAGGUCUCCGGCUACAGCUACUGCGCGCACCACCAACGCAACUGGGACGGCCACGAGAAGCAGUGGCGCAAGGCCUUCCCGAACCUGGUCUACCCGCGCAAGUCCAAGAAGGCGGCGGUUGUUGCGGACGGGGGCGUCGCGGUCCAGAAAGACGGGACCGUCCGGAAACGGGAGCGGAAGCCGAAGCACCCCGGAGGGGGGGUUGCACUGCCCGAAAAGUGGGGGCGGAGCUCGAACGUGCACCGGACGCAAUUCGGACGCGACUCGGACGGCAGCUCCGAGCCGGACUACGUUGACUCGCGGCUCGGGAAGGUCCGGGCGAAGUCGUACGGGGUCCGGAGUCCGAGAGGCCCUGCGAAGGAGGGGAGCGGCUCCAUGAUGCACUUGGUGCUGCCCUCGGAGACGGACGAGCUCGGCGGAAUGAGGCCUACGUACAUGUCGGACGAUGACGACAGCCAGCUGUAUCACGGGACACAGCUGUCGGAGGAACCGGGGGAGUCGUCGGAGAGUGCGAAGGAGGUCAGGAGUCCCAACCAGAACCGGGCAGAUCUUCAGCCCAAGCAAGAGCCAUCUAUCCGCUCUGAGGUCACCACCCUCUCCCCCCCCCUCAAGGCCAGCCAUCCCGAACCCCCUACCGAGAACCAGCGGUGCGUUAUGAAGGGAGGCACCGGUUGGCAGUGCCCACGCCCCCGGCAAAGUGGCCUUCGCCACUGCCAAUAUCACACCGAAGCGCGGCGCGCAAAAGCGGCGUUGCAAAACGGGUUAGUGGGUAAACAAAACGGGUCAGGCGCGGGCGAUGACGAUACGCUGAGCAGCAUGGAAAUCCUGAUGCGGCUGCAGCUGAAGAGGAAGCGCUCCGAAGAGGAGAACGAGACCCGGCGGGACGGGUUAGCGGGGUCCGGGUUAGGCCUAACCUGGAAAACGAAGAUGCGGCGACGGCCGUUCAGCAGCCGGGGGGGCCCCGUGGCGGACGUGAAACAGGGGUCGGAUCUGAGCCAGGACAGCCCCCGGCCGAAGAGGGAGAUCGACCCCCCCGAAACGGAGUGGGGGGGUCGUCGCGAGGAGGAGGACGACGCGGCGUAUCUAGGCGUGGAGGAAUUGCGGAGGCGCCUGGAGCAAAGCCGGGGGGCGGUCGCGGCGCAGCAGGAGAGGAACGAGGCCGCUGGCCGAGAGCUUAUGAAGGCCAGGGAGGGGCGGCUUAUGGCGGAAAAGCGGUUGGAGGAGGCGAGAAGGGAGGCGGAGGGGGGGGAGGAUGCGGCCGCAGUUGAGAAGCUGAGGAAGGCGGUGCAGGCGGAGCGGGCGGUUGGCUGCGCGCUGCAACCGGAGGCCCUCAAACUUGCGGACCAGUUCCAGCACCAGGCGCUACUGCUGGCGAAGCAGGACGCCCAUCUGACCGACCUCCGGACGUCCGCAGAGGAGCUCCGUGGGGAGGUGGCGGUGCUCACGGCUGAGAAGAAGGAGCUGCAAGCCCAGCUGGCACUGCUCCAGAAGGCGAACGCGUGCACCCUGUGCGUCUCUGGCAAGCCCGCCAGCGCCGCGCUCAUGCCAUGCGGCCACUUGUACUGUGGCACAUGCACCGCCGAGUUGCUCCCACGAGCGAACGGCGUUUCCGCACGCAACUUGACCCCGGCCAUGGAUGCUCCCAAGACCGAGGGGCCGUCGGAUGUUGUAUCGGCAACGACCACCGAGACUGGUGUUAAGGUUAUUGUAGAAAGCGAGGGACAGGUGGUAGAAAAUGAGGGAUUGGUGAGAACGUCUAGGUGUCCCUGCUGCUCGGUCGAGGUGCAGGGACGGCUAGUCGUUCAGAAGCCGGCGCCGGUGGACGAGGAGAUGGACGGCGCCGUUAGCUUGCUGGGGCUGCUCACUAGUGAGAGCUCCCAAUGAAAAAUCCACAUUGCGAUUGGGCCCGGCUCUGCCUGUCAGCGGGCUGCGGCACAAGCGUUGUAAAUAUACCAUGCGUUUGAGUUAGGGCCUAUGUACACGACCUGGAGCGCGUUUACACUAGUUGUAAUUUGUGGGGGGUGGUUUAGGGGUGGGUUUAAGAUAGUCGCUGGCGUACUGCGAGAAGCCACGUGGGUCAGGGACGCGUGAGGAACGCGUCGCCACUCCUCUAGUCAGAGGCGUGCGGUCGCGGUUCCGAGUCUCGAUGACUGAGGUGACUGUGUUUGGAACCAAUCUGGGGUAGUGUACUGUUUGUGGACAAUAGAAGCGGAUGGCUAAGCAACGCUCUAAGCUGAAAUGCUACAGCUAAGAGCUAAAACACUUGUUUUGGUGUAGGUGUUCUUGUUCCUCUUCGCCUCUCGUUUGUGGAAAAGCAAAGUGUAGAUGUAGCUUCUUGUCAUGUUCACUAGAAAUGUUCAAGCAGACAAGUGAUUAAAUGGCAGCCAUUUUUCGUAGGUGGGCAAUUAUGAGCCCUGAUUUUAUGGACAAAUCCUGGAAUUAGGGCAACUUUGAGAUUCAAGAAAUUGAGGCUUUCUUGGCUGAUCAUUCAAUCAACUCAAUCUUUC